GCACGCUCCUUGAAUGAGCCCCCUCUCCUCCAGCACCGCAGCCCGGACCCUCUCCAUCCGGCCCAUGAGCCCGGGGACAGUGCUCGUCUCCCGGCAGGACUACAUGAGAACACCCGCACCCCCCCACCACCACCACCAGCAGGAAGCAGCCGACGGGAGAAGCAGCGAUGCUCGAUGGACUCCGGCGGAGGCAUGCCUCCAGGCCCUCCCCCCGACCCCUGUCCCUCAACUUCAGCACCUUCUCCGCCCCUCCCCCGAGCCCGGACAUGGACAGCAGCAGCGAGCAUCCAAUCAGGAGGACUCUGCACCGGCUGAAGUUGAUGAGCUCCCCCAGCCUGAGCGAGCUGGGCAAGAGUGAGAAAAGUUCACCGGAGGACAGAGGGGAGAAGCAGAAGAGGGCAGGAGCCAACGCCACCUGGAACAGCAUCCACAACGCCGUCAUCGCAGUCUUCCAGAAGAAAGGUUUGGCAGAUAACGAACUCUACGUCCUCAACGAAAGUGUCCGGCAUCUGCUGAAGACUGAGCUGGGGUCCUUCUUUACUGAAUACCUUCAGAACCAGCUGCUGACAAAAGGCAUGGUCAUCCUCCGGGACAAGAUAAGAUUCUACGAAGGUCAGAAGUUACUGGACUCUCUGGCAGAGACGUGGGACUUCUUCUUCUGUGACGUCCUCUCCAUGCUGCAGGCCAUCUUUCAUCCGGUGCAGGGUAAGGAGCCCUCGGUCCGACAGCUGGCUCUGGUGCACUUCAGGAACACCAUCGUCUUAAGCGUAAAGUUAGAGGACGCCCUGUCUCGACCCCGGGCCCGUGUCCCCCCCUCUGUUACACAGAUGCUGCUUAUUCUACAGGGGGUCCACGAGUCCCGUGGUGUGAAUGAGGAAUACCUGAGGCUGGAGUCUCUGGUCCAGAAGGUGGUCUCACCGUACCUGGGCACCCACGGUCUUUGCUCAGGAGACGGAGAAGAGACCGACUGCUGUGUCCUUGAGAAGCGUCUAUCGUGGGGCUGGCCCAAGCCCGCAGAUCCACCGUCUAAAAACCCUGUGGUACGAUCCAAGAGCUACAACAUCCCUCUGCUGCUGACCCCGGUGGCUGAGUAUGACCCAGAUGCCAGCUCUACUGGCAGUGGAGGAAUUCGACGCCACUCGGCCUGUGAGAUUAUAUCAUGCUCGGAGGAACAAGGACUGGCCUACGCUGACAUGGCCCCGGGAUCCGAGCUGUCUGGCGCCUCCUCCAACAGGCUGUGUGUGGGCUCUCACUUCAAUGGUAUUGUACAAGCAGGAGCCAGUGGCAUGGCCUUGCCUCUCCCGUCUCCCUCCAUUCAUCCCCUCCACUCCUCAGGAGCUCUCCACGGCACCGAGGCCACAACAACAAUGACUGAUCUUAGUAAGGGCGCAUCCUCCUCGCCGCCCAGUGAAUCCUCCAGCCCCGAAACCAUAAUUGGACAAGUGCUCGACUCUGCAGACUCAGACUCAGAUGGGAUAUUUAUUGAUUUCCCUUCUCACUCAUCAGAAGCUAUGGGGUACACUCGCGAAGGCAGGCAGAGCAUCGUGUAGCGGUGGUCGCCUUUAGGAAAGCACGCGGUACACACAUCCAUAACCUGGGAAAAAGAUAAAACGUACACUUCAUUAAAGGGGUACCAUCGUCCUUAUUUACUGUUGUACGAUGGGUUUCCAUGACGACUCAUUUCAAACCUUGUAACUCCACAAUGACAUUGUUUAAAAACCAUGAAAAACACAACACAAGCUACAUUAAAACUGCAGUGGCUGGCCCUAUUAUUAACUAAUUUAGCUUUUUUAUUUAAUGAAAUUGUUAUGGGUAUUUUGGCUUUAUUAACAGGACAAUCCAGGUAUGAAAUGGGGCGAGAGAGCACGGAAGUCCCACAGCAAAGGGCCAAGUCAGAACCGAACCUGCAGCCACUGCAGGACGACUCAAGCUGUCGAGUUUGUCCUUUUUAAAUAAAUACUGAACCACUGUAGGAUUUUGACCUGUUAAGUAAAUAUAAUAUAGAAAGAUGUCAAUAUUUAUUACAUCUCCCAUAGAAACAAAUUGACUUUAACAAAGACCUUGUCGGUUUUGAUCUUUUCAUUGGAUUUGCUGACGAAAGCAUAAAACUAAACUAGAGAUUAUCAUCAUGUCCUGUAAGUCUAUAGAGGGGCACCUUAUCCUUCAAAUGGUCAGUUGACAAUAUUUCUAAUGUGCUUUUCUAGUGUUACUCGUCUCUCAAAGCUUUACACCACGAGUCACAGUUACCCACUACACACACAUUCAUAAAGUGUUUAUAUGUGCCUUGCUUUACCACACACAUAAACUCCCUUAGGGUUCAUGGUUUUGCCCGAGGACACUUCAACACAUGGAUUGGAGGAGGAUCGAACCACCAACCCUCUGGUCAGUGGACUACCCACUCUACAUCCUGAGGAUAAAACCAGGAAACCGAAUCAAAGUGGGAGUUACAAGGUUUUCACUCAUCUUUUCUGCGGACGUGAAUUUUACAGCUGCCACUUAAAUGGAAAAUGGCUGGAACUUUUUUUCAUCAUGAGUUUGUUUUGGCAGUAACACAGUGAUCACGUCCCACUUUUGUACGACACCUUCUGAAAAUGUUGAAUUGUUUUUUUUAUUGUCAGCCGCACUCAAAGAGGUCUAAUGCAAAAUUAUCUUCUUAGAACAUCAGUGUGACAGCAUUUGCUUUUUCUCUAUUAGCUGUGUGCAGCAGGAGUUUGAGGAAUAUGCCGAUGUUUAUUGUUUACAAUCGACAAAGACAUGAAUAUUUUGACUGAAUGUUGUCUCACACACUGUAUUUUGCACCACCACUACCCUGUAAAUAAAAGUGCAUCGUUGGUUUCUAGGACAGCUAAUUAGUGUAAAGUGAGCUUUUACCUUGAAUUCAGAUUUUAAUAAGGCAUUUUUAACUGAAUCUUUUUCAAAUGAUGUUUUACCUCAAGCGUUUUGUACUUUACUUUUUUGACAAUCUAUGAUGUCUACGGAGUUGUACUUUGUAUUAAUUUGUUAUACUA